AUGGUGGUAAAGAGCUCAGUCGAUAUCGAUAUUUUCCAACUGGAUUUGAUGUAUUCUCCUAACAAACGCAUUUCCGCUACCUCGUAUCUUAAAUCAAAGUGGCUGCCGCACUUCCCGGAGACAUACCAGAAGUUCAAUGAUCUGGUUGUGCAGAAGUUCGCCAAAUCUCGCAGUCGCGCGACCAAGAUGAACAUGGUACCACUCAACGCUGCAGUCAUGGCGGGGUCGCAGUUGACACUCAAGGAGUCCAAGGAGGUUCUGGGCCAUAUCUCGGCUAAAAUGGCUAAGUCGGACGAGAGGAAGCUCAUGUUUUUGCAGUUCGCCUUUGCCACCACAUGUGUGGUGUUCCAAUCCGACUAUCUCGGUAAAUACGCCCAGGCCCACACAGCUCAAGUGUUCAAGGAAGCCGAUCAACAAGCAGAUGUGGACUUGGACCAAAUGGCUGCAAAGAAAUAA